ACUUCUGUUGUUUUUCUACGCCGCAUGUUUGCUUCGCAUUCGCGAGAAGAGUCAUCUUUUAUAAUUAUUUCAGCACUCUUCGAAAUAAAUCGAUUAAAUUUCAUCACAUAAGUUAGUUAAUCAAACAGUUCGACCACACCACACCGUCGCACGAUGUGGCCCGAAGUGAAAACCGCCAAAGAGGAGAACCGCCGCGAGCUGAAGCUGUCCGGCGCCGGUGCCCGCAAGCGCUUCGAGGAAAAUUCCGGCCAGCUGGACGAAACAAUCUUCCAGCUUUCGGCGCUCAAUCUGCUGGACGUUAACGACAGUCCGCUGGACGUGAUUUCACCGAAGAUUGCCGAUUUGAAGCACUUGCAGUCGCUGCUGCUGUUUCGGAAUCGAAUUGUUGAAAUUCCCGCGGAGAUUGGGCGCCUGUCGGCGCUGAAGGUGCUGGAUUUGUCGGGGAAUAAAAUUGAGCGGGUGCCGGGCGAGAUUGGCCAGCUGAAGACGCUGACGACGAUUAAUUUGAGUGGGAAUUUGCUGAAGGAGGCGGAUUUGUCCGCGCUGGAAGGGUUGAUUAUUAUUAAUUUGAGCUCGAAUCAGUUGGAACGGUUUCCGGAGUUGCCGUUGAGCAAGCUGGAAGUGCAGCAUCUUUCGGAUAUAAAUCUGGAGAAGAAUCAGAUCAGGGAGAUUCCGGCGGGGUUGGUCAAGCAGAACGGGUUGAAGACGCUGAACGUGGCGGAGAAUAAGAUUGAGCUGGUGCCGCAGUUUCUGGUCAAGUGCCCACGGUUGAAAGAAAUCAACCUCAAGGAGAAUCCCCUGAAGGACAAGCGUCUCAAAAAGCUGGUGGAGCAGUGCCGAAGCAAGCAGGUUCUGGAUUACGUCGAGAAGAACGGACACGUGGCCCCUGCCAACGCUUUAUCCAGUUCAAACUCUGCCCAGGAAGCCGAAUCCGACGAACCCAAAGGCCCCGCCGAAAUCCGUCCAAAAAUCACCGUCCUCAAGCCGGCGGAUUCCGCCCGGCGAGUCAGCUUCAGCCCGGAGGCCAAACAGUUGCGACCGCACGUGCUGCACUGCAUCGUCCGGGACUUUACCAUCGGCAGCAUGAAGAAGUUCCUGCAGCUGCAGAACGACCUCCACGACAACGAGUGCGGCAAGCGAGAGUUCGCGACCAUCGCCACGCACGAUCUGGCCAAGAUCAAGGGCGACCUGCGCUACCAAGCGGAUCUUUCCGAGCAGAUUGAGAUUACUCCGUUGAACGGAAAGUCCAAGGUGACCGCCGCCAAGUAUUACGAGGAUCUGCGCCAGCAAGCGGAAGCCAUCCGGAAGGAGAAGAAGCGCAACACGUACUCGGGCGUGCACAAGUUCAUCAACCUGCUCAAGGGCGAGGUGUUUGUGUUCUUCGCCGACGAGGACAAGAAGGUCAUCAGUUUGCCCCCGUUGACCAAUUGCGACGAGACGAAGGUUGGGCCGGAAACGCGCCACCUGCUGCUGGAGGUGACCAGCUCGGUCAGUGCCGAGUGCGCCCGGAAGGUGAUGCUGGCGCUGUUGAAGGGCCUACUGUUGCUCGAUGUGACCGUUACGAGGGUGGCGCCAGAGGGGAAGAAGAAGGGCGGAAAGGGCAAAGCGGGCGGCGGUUCCAGCAGGAUUGUUUACGAUAAGAACGCGGAGUUGAGCGUGGAGCAGGUUCGGCUGUUUGACGGCGACGGGAACUUCCACUCGGUGUUUCCCGGGAAGGGAGAGUUGGAGUUCGGGGAGGACGAGAAUAUCGACGUGGAGUUUGGUGGGUGUUGAAGGGCAGGCUAGGGUUCCAAAGUUGAUCGCGAUCGCUGUUUAUAUUCUACGAAGAAGCGUCCAACGCUGACGUUGUGUACUAACAAUCACCUAUAUUCAUGUUAUUAACAUUAUCUGGUUAAUAAAACUCCUUCAGCUAA